AUGAGGAUGUUCUGCCUUCUGUUGCUGAUACUCAGCCUUCUCUCUCUGAUGACCAAAGGUGUUGGCAGUCACUCUGAUACAAUCCAUAUCAGGUUCAAAUGUAUACCGAAAUCAGCAGCCGUUUUCGGUGAGAAAUGCCCUUUCUACGGCAAAGUGGAUGGCAUCUGUAAUAAUAAAGAAUCUGCAUGCUGCAUGAUACCUGUUAAACAGACUAAUAUAUAG